CCAAUAAACUGUGAAGACGCUGGUUCCAGUAGACGGUAUGUAAUCUAUAUAGUAUAAUCUAUUCACCAUUAUGUUUCCUCUCCUCAAAUGCAUUAUAAUCUGAAUGGAAAUCUGAAAUCUAGACCACAUAAACUGCUAGAACUGCUGAACCACAUUUUUGUAGUGUCCAAAAUACCACUAGUACAUCCACUUUUUCCAGAUCUCCCCAGUGGGACUCCCCAGCUUACUUUGGAGGAUCCCAGCGCGUUCCCAGGCCAGAAGUGACAUAUAAAGUUUGACCAGUGAGUUAAAGGUCUGCCUUGGGGUCUUCUCCCAUUGGGAUAUUCCCAGAAAAUCUCCAAAAGAAGACAUGUUUCGGCUAUGACCCAUAGCUCAAGACCGUAUGAGGUAUGGUGAAGGAACGUAGACCAAUAAAUCAUGACAAUCGAUUCUUUGCUCGGCUCGUUCUUCAGUUUUACAGACUGAGCCCAAACUGUCUCCAACUCUACUCAACCAUCACUCAACAACAAGACACUUAGACUCUCUGUCUUCAGGUAGAGACUAACCCGAAUAGAGAAGCACUCCUUACUGCAAUCUAACACCGUGGCCUCAGACUUACACCCAUCAAGUCACACUAGCGGUGCAGAACAUUAGGAAUGUUACUGUUGAGUCUUGCUUCCUACUACUCACUCACCACUCUUGUCCUUCCAUCCUCAUCCUUGUCUGAUGAAUGCCACACCACUCUCCCUGAACUUCCUCUGUCACUGAGAUCUUCAUCAGGUCAAAGUUCAUCCAAGAGGCCAGAUACGUUACUGGAAAGCCGCCAUGCCUGAAGGUUAGGAGAUGGCGGCGCGGUUCUUACAGUCCAAAGCGCGAGAAGCUGGACGAAGGAGACCUAGCCAGUGGUGAUGGUGGUGAAGUUUGGACAGUGGACUGGCACAGGAAGAGCUUACUGGUGAAUACUGAGCGAUCAACACAGAUAGGAAAAACAAGCUUCACACCUGCUGGCCUGGGUUAAGCCGUGAAACCACAAGCAGAUCUCCUCCAGCCGAUGCAUGCGAAGGUGUGAAAGUCUCCCUUCACAGUGGGACACUGCAACCAACCUCCACUGCCAGAUCACAGUUUGCAACCAUAUCUGUGAGAUAUAAGGCAGACGCUAGAGGAAGUGUGCACUGAAAAAAAAAAAAAGGAGAGACAUAGAAAAGAAAUGAGCAUCGCUGCACACUUCUGCAGCAAGACAGGAAAUAACCUCAAUGCUGGAAAGUUCUUCUCAAAGCGAUGAGGACGAUGAAGAAGAUGGCCUCGCUGCUGAGCGUCUGUGUGUUUCUGCUCUGCUGCUCCGCUGCCGUCGCCUCCCGAGGUUGUGACCAGCUUGUUGCAGUGGGUGAAGACGUCGAUGUUCCUCUGGGAUAUGAACCAAAACCUACUGAUGCUCUAAGGUGGAAGUUUAAUGGCAACAUAAUAUUUUAUAAAAAACGAGGAAGAAUAAUUCAAGGUAAAAAUGAUGAUAUUAAUGAUGAUGGAUCCCUCAAACUGACAAAUCUGAAGCUGGACCAAGAAGGACUUUACACCAGUGAGGUUUUUGAUGGCAAUGGAAGACAAACAUCCUCAAAGAGCACAAAUUUAUGUGUACUGGACCCCGUGAAGAAGCCCACAUUAAAUAUAACCUGUCUGACCUCAGAGGUCGUCUUUACCUGCAGUCAUGAUCCGCAACCUGAUGGUACUAAACACUAUGACACCAUACAUUACAAAUGGCUCCAGAAUGGCAACUUGAUCAGCAAUGCAACAGAAAUCUCUAUGACAAGAAAAGUUGCAGAAACUGAAAACCUGCUCGUUUCCUGUGAGGUUGGCAACGAAGUCAGUUCUGCAACAAGUGACUCUUUGACUCACACCUGCAUUGGUUGUGACCAGCUUGUUGCAGUGGGUGGAGACGUCGAUGUUCCUCUGGGAUACGAACUAAAACCUACUGAUGUUCUGAGGUGGAACUUUAAUGGCAACAUAAUAUUUUUUAAAAAACGAGGAAGAAUAAUUCAAGGUAAAAAUGAUGAUAUUAAUGAUGAUGGAUCCCUCAAACUGACAAAUCUGAAGCUGGACCAAGAAGGACUUUACACCAGUGAGGUUUUUGAUCAAGAUGGAAGAAAAACAUCCUCAAAGAGCACAAAUUUAUGUGUACUGGACCCCGUGAAGAAGCCCACAUUAAAUAUAACCUGUCUGACCUCAGAGGUCGUCUUUACCUGCAGUCAUGAUCCGCAACCUGAUGGUACUAAACACUAUGACACCAUACAUUACAAAUGGCUCCAGAAUGGCAACUUGAUCAGCAAUGCAACAGAAAUCUCUAUGACAAGAAAAGUUGCAGAAACUGAAAACCUGCUCGUUUCCUGUGAGGUUGGCAACCAAGUCAGUUCUGCGACAAGUGACUCUUUGACUCACACCUGCAUUGCUUGUGACCAGCUUGUUGCAGUGGGUGGAGACGUCGAUGUUCCUCUGGGAUACGAACUAAAACCUACUGACGCUCUGAGGUGGAAGUUUAAUGGCAACAUAAUAUUUAAUAAAAAACGAGGAAAACUAAUUCAAGGUAAAAAUGAUGAUAUUAAUGAUGAUGGAUCCCUCAAACUGACAAAUCUGAAGCUGGACCAAGAAGGACUUUACACCAGUGAGGUUUUUAGUCAAGAUGGAAGACAAACAUCCUCAAAGAGCGCAAAUUUAUGUGUACUGGACCCCGUGAAGAAGCCCACAUUAAAUAUAACCUGUCUGACCUCAGAGGUCGUCUUUACCUGCAGUCAUGAUCCGCAACCUGAUGGUACUAAACACUAUGACACCAUACAUUACAAAUGGCUCCAGAAUGGCAACUUGAUCAGCAAUGCAACAGAAAUCUCUAUGACAAGAAAAGUUGCAGAAACUGAGAACCUGCUCGUUUCCUGUGAGGUUGGCAACGAAGUCAGUUCUGCAACAAGUGACUCUUUGACUCACACCUGCAUUGGUUGUGACAAGUACGCUGCAACGGGUCGAAGCUUCAAUGUUCCUCUGGGAUACAAACUGAAAUCUACAGAUACUCUGAAGUGGAGGUUUAAUGAGACAGUAAUAUAUUAUAAAAGACCGUCACGUGUGGUUUCUGGUGAAGCUACUGACAUUACUGAAGAUGGAUCCCUCAAACUGACUAAUCUGAAGAAGGACCAAGAAGGGGUUUACACCGCAGAGAUUUUCGAUAGCAAUGGAAAAUUACUGAAAACAGUGAAAACACACUUAUGUAUAAAAGAUCCUGUGAAGAAGCCUGCAGUGAAAGCAGAAUGUAAAGAAGAAGAAAACAAAGUGAUCUUUAAAUGCGUUACUGAUAAGACACCCAAGUCUGAAAUCAAAAAGUACCAAUGGCUUCGGAACAACGUCCAGAUGGACAAAACGUUUCAGACUUUUACGUUGACGGCUGCAGAAACUAAAGACAUCAAAUUUGCUUGCAACAUUUCCAAUGAUGUCAGUUUUGAGAUCAGUGAGCCUGUCACUCAUAAUUGUGGUGAAAUAAGUUGCCUAGGUCUCCCAGGUCUCCCAGAUGAAUUGUGGGGAAUAUGUACCUGGGUUUUUUUAGGUGGUGGAGGAGGUAUCGUUUUAUUGCUGAUCAUCAUUGUCAUUGUUUGCUGCAUCCGAACUAGGCGAACAAGGAAACUACGCCUGAAGGAUGAGGAGGAGCUCCGUUUGGAGUGGACCAACACCAGUCACCAUCCCAACCAUCCGCCUCUUCCUGACCAUCCUCCUCCUCAUCAUCCCAACCGUCACCAUCAUCAUCAUCACCACCAGCAGCAGCAGCAGCAACAAGAGCAGCAACAGGCACCAGGCAACACCGGCCCUCGAAAGAGCCGCUCCAAGCAAAACCUCCAACCUAGAGCCCGAGCCCCUGAACCCAACGCCCAACCCCAGCCCAGCCCCCGGAGAACCGGACAGGCACAGAAACCUGCUAGUGACGCCGAUGACGAGCAGCCUCCUCCUCUUCCUCAGCCCAGGAAGAAAGGCCCCAAAACUCAACUAGAUUAAAAAUCAUCCGAGAUAAAGUUAGACACAGACGUUUUAUUCCUCCUGAUUUUCUGGGCUGCUCCACUUCAGGUUUAUUUGUGUGUGUGUGUGUGUGUAGGCGUGUGUGCGUGUGCGUGUGUGUGUGUGUGUUCAAACUAAAAAAAAAACUUCAGUUCGUGCAGAUUAACCAACUACAACCUGCGAUAUCGUUGAAAAGUUUUAACGCUGAACUCAAACUAAACAUGUUCAAACUCUUUCUGACUUCUACUAAAAUGUCGCUUUUGAUAUUUUCUAUAGAGGAUAAAUCAACUUUCCCAUGUACUGAUGGGAACUUCCUGUCAACUGGCUGAAAAACUUGACAAACUUUACUGUCUCACUUCAAGGCACUUAUUAAAUAAGAGUUAAAUACCUUUUCUGACAGAGUUAAAUACCGUCAGAACGGUAAACAACUGCAUCAUCAGCGUAGAGGUGAACAUUUGAAACGAGAGCUUUAAUGUAGGUGAUAAAAACACUGUGGGCUAAGGCCUGACCCGUGAGGGACGCCCAUUAAAAUAAUCAGCAACCAACAAAUGUAACCAUCUGCCUGUACAUAUUCAGAUGCACUGCACAAUUAGUUGUGUAAUUCCUACAUUAAAAGAGUCUUUGCAUCAAUAAGUUCAGUCCAUGUAACUAAAAUAACAGUAAUAAAUGACAUGAAUAGCAUCAUAUAUUUUAAUAUGCUAGAUUACUUUUUCAGUAUUCUGAAUUUUCUGUAUAUUUGAAACUGAUAGUGUUGUUUUUGACUGAAGUGUAUUUUCUGGAUACAUUUUUCAGUUGCUGCGUCAAACUGUGUGAGAGUUUCUUUGUCUGAGCGUAAAAAAAAAAAAAUGUUGUCAUAUAACUAAUGAAUUCUGUUUACUUUAAGACAAACUCCUCUCAGUCCAAGAAAUACUAUCACGGAGCGCAUCAUGUGUUUAGUUUGCAAAUGGUGGUCAACAGUAGAGACAGGCGGCUAAAUUCACUCUUUGAUGCGUGAAAAUUUGGAAGUCUGAAUGUUCUUUUUAAAAAACUAAACUCUUUAUAAUUUUUUUUAUUAUUGUAUUUUUUUAGGAAAACAAAUGUUGCAUUUGAAAACUUGUGAUGUUUGGCAUAAACUGUUCUGACGUCUUCUGGGAUUAUUGGAGCGCUUCCAUUUAGCCAAGCUAUCUAAGUUCAGUUGAACUUUGUCUUUGUUUGCUUCUGUUUUCUAUUUAAAUGCCGCUUGUGGUGCACAUUAAGGUACAUUAAGGUUGUUCCUAGUUUUCCCACAUGAUGAAAUAAUGAGUUACCUGCCUUUAUCUGGUGAUACUUGUUGUUAUAUACAAACGACAAAAGGAUCUCAACCUCCAUUAUUUAUCUUUAUUGUCUUUGUUCCAUCAUUGCAUGCUGUAAUUGUUUUUGUAAAAGUACAAAAAUAUUAAAAAUAUAUAUUUACCUAUA